AUGACCUCACAAAUAACCAAUAUCACUGAUCCCAAACUCUCACCAGACUCUUCUCCUGAUCCUUCUCCUGAUCCUUCACCAUCACCUUCACCACCUUUCCCAUAUCAUUGCUCGCCACCUUCCACACCUCCUUCCGAGAAUGACACGAUGGCUCUUCCUCCGCCACUCAUCGAUCUGGACACCUUGGUCGAGAAAAUGGAGAAAGUGGUAGUUUCCAAAGACAAGGUCAUCAAGGUCAUUUCAAUUUCUGAUGGGAAGAAAUACGAGAAGGACGUGGAAAGGGGUGAAUGA